CAAAUAUCUGGAGGCAACCAACACAAAAGGAAUUUGAAAAUGUUUAUUCUUAGGAAAAAUCUAUCGUUAUUUCUUAAAAAUUAUACAAAAAACGUGUCAUUAUCUGUCCCGAGUAAAACUGAUAAUGUGCAAUGUCGUCAAACCUUUCCAUCUCAAUUUUGUUUCGGAAACUAUUUUUCUUCACAUGCUAUAGAAAAUCCAAUUCCAGAAAAUAAUACUAUUCAAGAUGAGAAUAAAACUUCAUGCAUCUCUCAGGCUGACAUAGAAGCAAUUACUAAGGGUGAUAAGGAACUAGAACACAAAUUAAAAGUAAUUAUUCUUGAGACUGAAGUGUUACGCCAGGAUGGUAAGUCCGUGCCAUCAAAUGAAUACAUGACAGCAGAAAUAUGGGAAAAUAUGCUGAAAUUGCCUUCAAGAAGUGGGAGAACUAAAUAUUUGGACUUCCUUUUCAGAACAUCGAAGAAAAAACAUAAUAAGCUGGUCAAGAAACUUGAGAAACGUAAAACAUUUGAAGAACAUCUGGCCAAUAAGGAAUUGUCACCAAAAAGCCUACCAAUAGAAGAACAUGCCCUAAAAUAUGGUCUUUUAUUCAAUAAUAUUUUUAUAAGAUUUAAUGAUUCCACUAUGAAUAAUUUCUAUAACAAUAGACUAAUUCAGGCGAUACAGUUUGGUCAAAAAUUGGUAAUUGAUUGUGGUUAUGACCAAAACAUGACAAGGAGGGAAAAUCAGUAUACUGCCAAACAGCUUAUGUUAUUAUUUGCUGAUAACCGAUAUAAUGACGAUCCAUUUGAUAUUCAUUAUGUUAAUAUAAACAAGGACAGUGACCUCACAAAAAUGUUCCAUAAAUAUGUUCCUACAAUGUUUGAUAAGGAGUUUCCUAUGAAUGCACAUGAAAAAAGUUAUUUAGAUCUAUUUCCUAAAGAGAAGUUGGUGUAUCUAACACCUCAUUGUCGAGAAGAAAUGGAGAGCUUUGAUCAUGAUGCUAUUUAUAUAGUUGGAGCCAUUGUUGAUAAGGUAAAUCAGGCACCCCUUUCAUUAGCAAAAGCCAAACGAGAAAAUAUAACUAUGAAAAAAUUCCCCUUAGAUAGAUAUCUGCAAUGGGGAUCAGGUUCUGGAAAAAGUCUCACAAUCAAUCAAUGUGUGGCAAUCCUACUGGACAUGAAAGAAACUGGCGACUGGAAUUAUUCUUUAAGACAUGUACCUAGAAGAAAAUUGACUGACACCACCACAUUUUCUAAUAGUUUUAAACCUUCUUAUAAUAAUAGUCCUAAGUCAUUUCCUUCUAGAAAAAAAGGAGAAUGGAAACCAAAAUCAAAAGUCAAUGCAAGAAUUGUUGUCAAAAGUUUAUAUGAUGAUUAG